AUGACCCCGUCACCUAGCGCUCGCCGCCGCUCGGAGCCUCCCUCGCUGGACCGCUUCUACCUCGACUCCUCCGCCUCCCCGUUCUGGAGCUGGGCGCCCAUGCCGCCGCCCGACGCCGCCGGACACCUCCGCCACCCAAGGACCGCUCCGCCGCCUCGACCACGCCUCCUCGCCGGACUACGUCCCCGGCGUCGCGUCGUCCUCGUCCCCUACCUCAAGCCCCGCUGCCAUUGCCCUACACUACCCGGUGAGGGCCACGCCCUCUUCUCUCUCCCACGUCCCCUACGCUCCCUCGGUGAGGCCCCCGGCCUCCUCUUCUCUCCCCGUCACCGUCGACCGUCCCGUUGCACCGUCUGCAUCGCCGAACGCCACCACGACCACCGCACCGCACCGCCUCCCCCCUCCUCGCGCUCGCUCGCGCCUCUCGCGCACCCAUGGUCGUGCGCGCUCGCACCGACCGCAGCCGUUGCGGCUCCCCUGCCGCCCUGCCACUGCGCCCGCCUCCGCCCGCAACUCCCAGCGCCUCCCCUGCCGUUGCUCCAUGCCGGCGCGCCGUCCUGGCCCCCUGCUCCCUGCGACCGCCCUACCGUGGUCGCUGGCGUCCCGCAGCGCCCAAAUCGGGUGCGCCCCGUGGGCCAGUGCCCGUUCGGGCUGUGCCCGAUAGCCCAGCACCCGAUUGGCCCCCUGGCCCAAUGA